CACAGAUCAUGCUGGAUUUAUCUCUGGAUUGGAUUAUUAAACACUUUUCGUGUACUUAAAGCAACUCAACUUUAUGAUAGCCUAUACUUAAAUGAAGUAGCAAGACUUCAAGUUACAUUCAACUGAGGAGUUAUUCUUCAUUCUUUAUUUUGAAGAAUAAGAAAUUGAAUAUGAUUCCAGUGCAGCUGAUCUCAGCUUUAAUAGUGGCGUGUGGUUGCAGCGUGCUCGCGGACGCAAUGCAAGCCAACUUCACUCUGGAUAAUGACAUUCAGUCCAGCUUCAUCCAGCGGCGGCUGAAGAGCCAGGAGCGCAGGGAGAUGCAGCGGGAGAUCCUCUCCAUCCUCGGGCUGCCGCACCGGCCCCGUCCGCUCCUGCACGAAAGACACACCGCAGCUCCCAUGUACAUGCUGGAUCUGUAUAACGCCAUCCUGGAGGACGGAGAUCAGCGCAGCGGGUUCGUGUACUCUUAUAAACCGGUGUACACGACCCCGGAACCCCCGGUGAUGACCCAACAGGACAGUCGCUUUCUCAAUGAUGCCGACAUGGUGAUGAGCUUUGUCAAUCUGGUGGAUCCAGAUGAAGACCUCCGUCUCUAUCAUCAGCACCGCCGAGAGUUACGCUUCGACCUCUCCCGCAUACCGGCGGGAGAAACCGUGACCGCCGCGGAGCUCCGUAUCUACAAGGACUUUGUACACGAGCGCUACGAAAAUGAGACUUUCCGUGUCAGUGUGUUCCAGGUGCUCCAACAGCAGCCCAAAAGGGAGCUGUACCUGCUAGACUCACGAAUGGUAUGGGCGGCAGAAGAAGGAUGGCUGGUAUUUGACCUCACGGUUACCACUAACCACUGGGUUAUAAACCCAGGUCAGAACUUGGGACUGCAGCUCUCUCUGGAAACCGCACACGGUGAAAGAAUAAACCCAAGGAAAGCGGGUCUGGUGGGCAGUGGUGGACCUCAGAAUAAGCAGCCAUUUAUGGUAGCGUUUUUGAAAGCGUCGGGAAUCCAUCUCCGUAGUGUCCGCUCAGCAUCAGGAAACAAACAGAGGGGUCACCACCGUUCUAAAAACCCCAAACCCAGCGUUGCAGCCAGCCAGGUGGCUUUGAAGACAGCUGAGGCCGCAGAGGGUGCCAGCGUAGACCCCAAACAGGGCUGCAAGAAGCACGAGCUCUAUGUCAGCUUCAGAGAUCUGGGAUGGCAGGACUGGAUCAUUGCUCCAGAGGGUUACGCUGCAUACUACUGUGAGGGGGAAUGUGUGUUCCCCUUGAACUCUUAUAUGAAUGCCACAAACCAUGCUAUUGUACAGACUUUGGUCCAUUUCAUAAACCCAGAAACAGUCCCGAAGCCCUGCUGUGCUCCCACUCAGUUACACGGGAUCUCCGUUUUGUACUUUGAUGACAGUUCCAACGUAAUACUGAAAAAGUACCGCAACAUGGUCGUCAGAGCAUGCGGAUGCCACUAAUCACUACGUCUGUCCUGGAUAAAAUAAGGGAUGCAAAUACUUUUAAAUAUCAAAAGCCCAGAGAGGAAAGAGACUCAUUACUGGAGCAAAAGCUGGACUUCUCUGUUAGAGGAGUGUACAUCCAAAGCAUACAUUUUCAUUUAAAACUCAAAACUCCUGGAAUUGUAUGAGGUUGACCACAGCUGAGUCAAGUGUGUGGUGUUCUGGCUUUAAUUUCUGCACAGAGAGCCAAGUUUGGAAUAUCAAAGAGGACAUGAGCAGAUACAGAGAGAAAGAACUGGCCUCAGAGAUUUAACCAGACUGAUCGGGAAUAAUGCAAUGGAUUUAAGCACAUUGCUUUAUAGAGGUUUCGUUACAAAAAACACUCAUAUGAUAGCAUGUUUUUUGUAUGUAAGAGGCCACUAAUGAAAAUGCAUCUAUUGUGGAUUUUUCUUAUUUAAUUUUUUUCCCCACUAAAAACUAUAAGCAUAACAAUGUGAGUUGAAAGUUGAAAGUAAAAAAGGCAUGAGUCAAAGCAUCUUGUGUGCUUCAGCUGAAGAAUUUAGAAUCUUAACUUUUUCAUUUUACAGCAUAAUGUGCCUUUGUUUCAAAUUCUGGUUAUUUCCAGGGUUAAAUUAGAUGAUGAAUCACACAAUUUCCAUGUGGUUGCGGACUUUUAGACCUCACUGUAUUUCUGCACAAGAUGUGAAAUAGAAAUGCAAAUUAUGGGUGUUUGUGAGUCAAAAUGAGUCAAACCAUUGGUUUUUAAUUUCACUCUUUCAGGACACUCCACAAACCCUUGCACAGAUGUUCAGCACUCGAUUAAACUGCAGAAAAUAUGCAACUCAAUUUUGCCUUGAAUCACUUUGGUUUCAUCACAUACAUGAAAGAACACGUGUUUUCUCUCAGCAGUUAUCACUCAUUCAGUGGAUUUGGCCUUUCAGGGGAUUCAGAAAAGUCAAGAUCACUGUUCUGUGUUUCAUUUAUCUUGUUUAUCAAUCACUUUUGGCUUCAUUUAUUAAUACUGCAUUCAAGUUGCACUAAAUGCACAGAAGCAACAUUUCUGCCGAUAUGUAUUCUGACUCAAAAUAUGAGUAUGUGCAUUCAUUUGUCGACACAAUCUGUUGUGCAAGA